UCUUUUCUAGGGUUUGUGGAAGCUAUGGGCAGGGAGGUCUCGACGAGCACUGGAUUGCGCUGCUCCGCGCUGGACGCCAUCGCCGAUCGCCUUAGCGCCUUGCCGGAGCUCUACCUUCCGCAUUCGUCCUUCGCCGGGCGCGCGGAUCAACAGGUGAGCCAGCAGGAGAAGAAGGAUCAUCUCGUCUCGCUGCUCCACAGGGACGCGGCUAUCUUCCUCGAGCGCUAUGGGAGCCGGCUCUUGCUGUCGGAGCUCACAGAGUUUGAGUGUCUCAAGGAGGAUUACGAGGUGAAUUGGCACCUCAAGAAGCUCAGGGCGGCCAAGAAUCCAUCGCCCGGCGAGCAGCGAUCCAGGGCCGCGGCAGUGAAGAACCGGCGGCUUGCGUUCCUGGAGCAGCUUGUGGAGGAUGGCAACUAUUUCUCCGAGGAGGAGAUGAGGAUGCGGUGCCCGUUGCUCCAUCACGAGUACGUUGGCCAGUUCCAGGAGCCGUCUAUCUGGGCCUUCUCGCGGCGCGGGGACAAGAUGGCGGACAUUCUCAUCAGGCAGUCCGAGGAGGCUUUCAUCCAGCGCAAGAUGGAAGAGGAGCGCAAGAAAAUCCUGGAAGUGGAAGAAGAGGAGGAAGAAGAGGAAGAAGAUGAAGAAGACGAGGAAGAUGAAGGAAAAACAAAAGAUGGCGAGCAGCACAAAAAUGAAGAGUCAUACACUUCCGAGGUUAAUGCCUUGUGUUGCUUGCAGCUCUCUGACGAUGCCGGGACUUCAAACCAAAGGCAAGCAGUGCCAUCGCCACUGCCACCGUCCAGCGACGAUCGGCUUCAAGCGUUCUCUCAGGAGAUGAUGGCCAAGUUCCUCGCUGCUGAGGACAAGAACAAGCUCUCGCCGGAGGAGCUUCAAUGUAAGCUGGAUGACUUUACCCGCGUGAUGCAGGAGAAGUUCCUGAGCGGUGAAGACUCGGAGCACGUCGACUAUGCUGUGAUCGAUGACAACGCUGCUCUGGACGAUCACUGGCUCCGUGAGGUGUCUCACGAGGCCGAAGAGAAGUACUUCGAGGAGGAGGAUCUCUGAUGAACAGGUUCUUUGAAGAGAUUCUCGUGUACAUAACUUAACUGGCAGCUUGUUCCUGUGUAACUCUUUUAGCGUGUUCUUUUGCAGCGCAGGUGCGCUGCGAAGUUGUGUAUUAAGUUAAAAGAGAUUGAAUCUACAAGUAAGCUUUGUCAUUACUUUCCUUGAGCAGUGUCACGCGCGCUUGUUUGUUUGUAAGCCACACAGCUUGGCUAUGGCGAGUCUCGCAAUUGGACUCUUGCCACUGGUACCUCAGCACAAGCGUCGAUUUGAUCGGUUUCUUUCUCGUUCUGCAACAGCGAAAAGACUGCUGAAAGUCGCUGCGAGUUCCAGUAAUUCCACUCCAAGUGAAAAGGGCAUAGCAGUUACUCCGCAAAAAAUCCGCGAGAUUGUAAAUUCGAGCUCCUUGGCAGCCGUGACAUUGCUGCUUGGAUGGACUCAGAGUGCGGGCAUUGCUGGAGCGACCGGCAGAGAUCUGGUCGAUCGAGCGGCGUAUCCAGAGUAUAGUUUGGAACAAUGGAUUGUGAUUCUCGUGGCGUGGGGCGGCGUCGCAUUUUUCUACUUCAUCUUCCUACCGCCAGUGAUUUACGCUUAUCUCCACACCAGAUGGAUGAAGCGCAACAAAUACGAAGCGUUCUUCCAGUUCUUCAUCGUCUUUUCUUUCUUCCCAGCAUUGCUUCUAUGGGCUCCAUUCAUAAAUUUGAGGCCUCUUCCCACCGAUCCCACAAAGAAAUACCCGUGGGAGUGACGAGCCAAAAAGUGUAAGAUAAGCUCUCUUUUUAGGGCAAAAUAGGAUAUCUCAAAAGCCCUAAACAGGGAAGGCAAA